UCUAAACACCAUCAGAAAUCAUCAUGUCUUUUGCUGGAACCUGGCAGGUAUAUUCACAAGAGAACUAUGAAAGCUUCUUAAAACAAGUGGGUUUGCCAGAUGAAAUUAUUAAAGUUGCCAAAGACAUCAACCCAGUGAUUGAAAUUCAGCAAAAUGGGGACGAUUUUGUUGUUACAUCAAAGACAUCAAAGCAAUCUCAAACCAAUUCUUUUACUAUCGGGAAGGAGUCAGAAAUCACCACAGUGGGUGGAAAGAAGGCAAAGGUUACUGUAAAUUUGGAGGGUGGAAAACUCAUCUGCAAGAGUGACACAUUUUCCCACAUUCAAGAAGUUCAAGGCGAUCAAAUGAUUGAGACAAUCACAAUUGGACCAACAACCCUAACAAGGAAAAGUAAGAGGGUUUAAACUGAAGAACGGAAAGUUCUAUCUCAUCAUAUUUUGUAAACUUUAAAAACCUGGCAUGCUCAUUACUCCAAUAAAGAUUUGAUAAGCUGUC